AUGCCCGGGGCCCGGGCUACGCCCGGCAAGAACGACCUGCUCUUCCCUUUCUUCUCGGACUUCAAGGGCCCCGACGGCGUGGCGCUCACCGCCAUAGAGACGGCCGCGCUGGCGACGAUUUUCGUGCUCGCCUUGGCGGCCAACGCGUGCGCCAUCCGCCUCUUGGCGCGCCGCCCGCGCCGCCUGCGGACCGCCAGCUGCUUGGUGCUCAACCUCUUCUGCGCCGACUUGCUCUUCAUCAGCGCCAUCCCGCUCAUCGCCGUGGUGCGCUGGACCGAGCGCUGGACGCUGGGCGCCGCCGCCUGCCACCUGCUCUUCUACCUGAUGAGCCUCAGCGGCAGCGUCUCCAUCCUCUCGCUGGCCGCCGUCAGCCUGGAGCGCAUGGUCGGCAUCGUCCGGCUCAGGCCCGCGCGGCCGUACCGGGGCAGGCUGGUGGCCGCUGCCCUGCUGCUCAUCUGGGGCUUCUCGGCCCUGGUCACUCUCCCACUCUCUCUAUUCUUCCACGUCGAGCCACUGAACAGAAAAGGCCAGAAAGAGUACAUAUGCACCUUGAUUUGGCCCAGCAUUGCAGGAGAAAUCGCUUGGGAUGUCUCUUUUGCCACUGUGGUCUUUCUAAUACCAGGAUUGGUCAUUGUAAUUAGUUAUUCAAAGAUUUUACAGAUUGCAAAAGCAUCAAAGAGACGUCUGCAUGCUGGCUUGGCCUACUCAGAGAGUCAUCACAUUCGAAUUUCCAGACAAGAUUUCAAACUGUUACGGACUCUAUUUAUACUGAUGAUUUCUUUCUUUGUAAUGUGGAGCCCAAUAAUCAUUACCAUUCUCCUCAUUUUAGUACAGAAGUUCAAACCAGAUGUAAACAUUUUGCCUUCUUUUUUCUUCUGGAUAAUGGUCUUCACAUUCGCUAAUUCAGUUGUCAAUCCAGUUCUGUAUAAUGCAGCCAAAUUCAGACGAAAGUGGAGGAAAAUCUUCUUCUGUUGCCCUAGUUCUCUGCAGGGGACAGAGGCUGGGACAGACACUACUCUGAGGCAACAGGAUCACAGGCAUUUCAAUGUUUCUGUUAUUUCUAGAUAA